GGUAAAAAGAGUUGACGUCACACUCAACAAAAUCAUAAAAUCCCCAAAGUAAAACAAAAUCGACAAAAGUCAAAAGGUCAAUAACAACAUUUUUUCCUCCACACAAAUAAUAAUUGUAACGACGUCGUUACAACGCUGUUUGAUUUGUAUUGGUUUCUUCUAUAAAUACCCCUUUCAACGACUAAAUCUUCUCCUCUCAUCAUAACUCUUAUCACCAACUUGCAAUCGUUACAAAAACCAUUUUCAGAAUCUUUCUCUCAUCAACGACAAAGACUUAACACAAACUGAAGUCUCUAGAAAUUUCCACGACGACUCGAUGACUAGGAAAGCGAUGAUUAACAUCUGCUGCGUGGCCGUGACGCCGUCGGACCAACAGCCUCCUCUCACGUUAACGCCUCGCCAGAGUUUGGAAUCUGCGGCCAUCUAUGGAGUCAUCGAGUCUGCCGCCGACAUCAUCGAGAGAUGGAACACUGAGAGCUCCUCCUACGCCAAAGUUACUUCUAUGUUCUACGAGAACAAACCAGAAGCCAUGAUGUUCAUCGAACGAGUUAAGGAUCUUCAGAAGACGAUGGAUGUACUCGUGAGUGAGGAUCCAAACUCGGAGAGGCUCAUGAGAGCUCAUAAACUCAUGCAGAUCGCUAUGAAGAGGUUACAAAAGGAGUUUUACCAGAUUCUUUCGAUGAACCGUGCUUAUCUUGAUCCAGAAUCUGUCUCUACUCGAUCCUCACUUACCUCAGCGAGAUCUAGCUACUCAGACUUCCCAGAAGACGUGGAAGACUCACACAACGGCAGCGUUGACAUCAUCGUGGAGCUGGAGGAGGUUUCUAGCAACGUCAUGACGGAGUUAAGAGCAAUCGCUGAGUGCAUGAUCGGUUCUGGUUACGCUAAGGAGUGUUUGAGCAUAUACAAAACCAUUCGUAAAUCAAUCAUCGACGAAGGGAUUUAUCGUUUGGAAGUUGAGAAGACGAGUACCGGGAAGGUGAAGAGAAUGUCAUGGGAGGUUAUGGAGUUGAAGAUCAGAAGCUGGUUAAAAGCUCUCAGUGUUUCCAUGGAGACUUUGUUCAGAGGCGAGAAGAUUCUGUGUGAUCACGUCUUCGAAUCCUCUGAUGCACUCAGAGAGUCUUGCUUCAGCGACGUGUCACGUGACGGUGCGCUUCUUCUCUUUGGAUUCCCGGAGAGCAUCGCUACCAAAACAAGCAAGAAACACUCCCCGCCGGAGAAGGUUUUCCGGCUGCUUGACAUGUACAGCGCCAUCGCCGGAAACUGGCAAGCGAUUGAAUCAAUCUUCUCAUUCGACUCGGUCUCCGUCGUGAGAUCUCUAGCUCUCAAGUCUCUCGUCUCUCUAAGCGAAUCGAUUCGAUCACUACUGGUGGAUUUCGAAUCCGGAAUCCAGAAAGACUCGUCCAAAGUGGUGGUUCCCGGCGGAGGAAUACAUCCUCUCACUAUCUCCGUCAUGGAUCACCUCUCACUCCUCGCUGACUACAGCAACGUACUCGUCGAUAUCCUCGCCGGAUCUCCACCGCCGGACAGAUCAUUGCUACCGGAAUCUUACUUCAACCUCUCCGAAAGCGACGACUCGCCGUCGUCGGAGCUGGCGCUGAGAUUCGCGUGGCUCAUCCUCGUCCUCCUCUGCAAGAUCGAUCACAAAUCGAACCACUACAAAGAUUUCUCCGUGCAGUAUCUCUUCCUAGCCAACAACCUCCAGCACGUGGUCUCACGUGCACGUUCCUCGAACCUGAAGCAACUCCUCGGCGAGGACUGGGUCAAGAGGCACUUCGUUAAGAUGAGGCAAUUCGCCGGUAGCUACAAGCGCCUGGCGUGGGGACCUGUGGUGUCUUCUUUACCCGAGAAUCGUACGGUGGAGAUGACGCCGGACGAAGUGAAGGAUCUGUUUCGAAAAUUCAACGAGAGCUUCGAAAACGCGUAUGGUAGACACAGUGUCUGCGUCGUAGCUGACCCAAAGCUACGAGACGAGAUAAAAGAAUCGAUAGCGAGGAAGCUGGUCCCGAUAUAUCGCGAGUUUUAUAACACGAGAAGCUCUGUCGUCUUGGCGGGAGCAGCGGCCGGUGGAGGAGGGAACGGGAAGAGAAACUUGAGCACAGUUGUCCGAUUUACCCCUGAAGAUAUCGAAAACUAUCUGUCUGAUUUGUUCUUAGAGAAGGGUAGUUCGGGAACUUCACCUUCCUCGUCUCCUUCCUCUUGUCGGUCACGGCCAUCUCUAUCCUAAAUUAGAAAAAAAAAAAAAAAAAAGAGUUAAUAAUCGUCUUAAAUGUAAAGGCAAGUACUACUAAAUCUUUCAUGCUUCUUUUGGCAGUGAUUGUUACGCAAAGAAAAAAAAUACCAAAUUUCGUUAUUAAUUCCAUAAUGAAUUAUGGACAACGACAUAAAGUAGAGAUAGCUAUAUUUUUUGUUCUUUCUUUGUUACAGUUCACGGUUCUUUAUUAAGGUUUCGUCUUCGAACAUCAAAGUAAGUAUGUCACACCUUUGUCUGUAAUGUCUAAUGAUACAGGGGAUUGGGAUUAUUUAA